ACUAGCACUUUAAACAAAGAAGAGCUGUAUCUGGACCAAAAAAAUAUUAUUGGAUUCAAGGUCGAUUGCCGGCUACUAGUAGAUGUUACUAACGAAGAACACGAUAUGAUUACAAUUGAAGUGGCUAAGGAUGAUGAAGACGAAAAGAUCAUCAACGACAUGGGCAAGCUGAUAAGAGAAGGCAAAGAUAUCCUGGAU